CAACGCUCAUCUCUAAGGUGUAGGCUUAAAGUUAGACAUGAGCGAUAACGAUUAUCGUUUUGGUUUUGGCAAAGAUAAAAUUGAAAUAAAUAAGUUAAAACACGAUGGCUUGUGGCGAUUAAAUCUUAAUAAUAAUAACAAUCUUGUGGCGUGCAACUCAACACACAAUUAUAGCAGCCUCGAUGGCGAUGAGCAGGCGAAAUUGCAAAGGACUAUGGCAAAAGCGAAACAGAAACAGACAACAGCAGCAGCUGCCACAGCAACAACAACAACAACGACGACAGCAGUAGCAACAACAACAGCAACAACAAUGUCAAUACCGACAGCUACAACAGCAGCAACAACAACGAUAGGCGCUGUUGCUGUGACGCCCACUUGUGUCGCACACAUUGAGGACGAGGGCGGAGGAGAAGGAUGCGACGGCGCUGCAGCGGACGACGAUGACGGCGACUGCGCUGCAGCUGGCGCAGGCCUAGUCACCAGUGAUAAGCUUAAUGGCAUCAGCAUUGGCGCUGCCUACGGUCUGAUUGAGCUGCCAGCGCUGAAUUGCGAUUUGGCAGCUGCAGCGGCGGCGGUUGCUGCCUCCGCACUCUCGCCCACCGAUGCGGCAAUUGGCGGCCUCAGCUCCAGUCGCACCUCAAUGAACAACUCCACUGAGAAUCUGAGCUACGCCAGCGACAAUUAUUAUGCCGACGAUCUCAUACUGCUGGACGAUGACGACGAAGAUGACGAUGUGGAGGCCGAGGAGAUAUCGCUCAAUUCGGAUGACUGCGUCUAUGCGUACCGCGGCGAUGCCGCUGACUUUGACAUGGCUGCGCUCGACGCCAGCACUGGCCGUGGUGGACGCAAUUUGGAUUUCGGUCUGGUGCGUGAUGAUGAGACGGAUUUUCUUGAAAUGGACUUUGAGCCAGAUCCCUCGUCCGAGCUGGAGUUUGUGGCGAACGCACAGGAAGCGGCAGCAGGACAUGCAAAUUUGCUGCUAAUGCAACGCGAUUACAGUCAGUUACAGAGCGGUCGACACAUGGCCACGCCCACUCAGCCUAGGCAACUCUAUAGUUCGCCAAUUGAGGAGUUAGCAUUGCCAGCGCCACAGGAAGCGCUGCAGCGUUUGAGCAAGAAAUUUGCACGCAUUAGCCUUAAUUUGGAUCAGAUUAAGGCCGAUGCUGAUGCUGGCUCUGAUGUGGAUGCUGAUGAGCUGCUCUGCGGCACUAAGGAUGAUGAACAGGACUUCGUAGAUGCGACCACAGCAGAUGUCAACACACUGGCCCACUCGCUGCCCAACACACUCGCCUACAGUAGCUUCAAUCGCAGCACCAGCGUGCCCAGCGAACCAACUCAUGCAGACGAAGAGACGUGCAACUCGAAGCUGACAGGCGCUAAGCCUAAGCGUUUGAGCACGCUUUCCAACUCCUCAUCCUUAGUGUCCGCCUCGAAGAGCUGCGCUUCCUCAUCAAAGUCGCGUCGCUCGCAGCCCAGUUACGAUGAGCGUUGCUAUAGCUGCACAGAUUUUCGUGCCGUUUCGCAGCAACAGCAGCUCCAGCUGCAGCUGCAGCAACAACAGGAAGAUGUGGCACCCAUGCUGGUUGCGGCGGCAGCUGUGGUGGCCGCUAGUGCCGCCAUGGCCAGCAAUUCGACAAAAUUUGAUUUGGGCAGCGGGGAAGAGACCUGCCUCGAUUGCCUCGAGAAGGAGUUUCUGGCCAAUACGAUUGGCAAAGCUCUCGAUUUGAGCAGCUGUGUCAAGUGUAGACGGCGCGUUGGCGGGCGUGGCAGCAGCCUUUCGCUCUACACACGCGCCGAGCAGACGCGCUGUCGCAGCGGCUCGCCUGGCUACUUAGAUGAAUUUGGCGGCCUCUUUAGCUGGCACAAUACAGCCGGCGACAUGGGUCUAUAUAACCAAAGGUUUAUUUCGUGUGAUAAUAAUUUUGGCGGCAGGCAGCUGCUCAAGCAAAGCUUUUCGACUGAACCGCUGGUGGCGCGCCUGUCCACGGCGCAUCUGAGUGAGGAGCAUCUGGUGCAGGCGCUGGACAAACUUCACAUUUCCUACAACGCAUCUCUGUUGCAUGCCUACUUUGAGCAGCUUGCAGCGCCAUCGCCGCCAACUGCUGGCAAUUUAAAGCAGCUGCUGUUGCAUAUCUCGAAACAGCAAUGCAAUCAUCGUAAGCUCAAAAAGCUGAUCGAGCUCAUUGUGAAGCAGCAACCGCAGCAACAGCAGCUAAGUGUGGAAUUCAAGCGGACUAACGCAGGCCCCGGUGCACUGGUGGCCGUCAAGGUGAGCGAUAUAUUGGACGCCUGGAAACGCCAUCAAGAUCUCUAUGUGCUGCGGCAAUUGGAUGCGCGUUUUCAUCGUGCCAAUGUGCUGGGCAAAAUUGGACACAUUGUGCGGCAGGCACAGCAGCAACAACAACAGCCGGCGGCAACCACUUCCGCUUCGGCUGCGGCUUCAACUUCAAUAUCAUCCAUGCGGCAAGCGCUGCCUGAUUUUCUAAUGAUACCACAAUAUUAUGCUUGUGGUGAAUUAACAUUAACAUUGACGCGUUAAAAGCCGCCCAGUACACACACACACACGUGCAUACACGCCACAAAAAAUGUUUAUGCGUGGCUGCAUUUUGUUAAUUUUCAAAUUGAGAUUUUUCAAAUGCAAUGCUCUAAGUUUAUAUAGAUCUGUGCCGGUUUACUUCUUUCACAAAAUGUCAAAAAUAUAUACACUAUAUAGUUAAAAAUUUAAACAGAUGACAAAAGCUAAUUCCAUACA